AUGGCUGAUAUUGUAGCUGCAAUUGAAUUAAAUGAACCACGUUUCUUGGAACUCUUAACCAAGUUGAUUGGUGAGGCCAAGACCUUGCAAAACAAGCCACCCGAGUUGAUCCCAGUUGAAGAUAAUGCUGGUCGUCAUGUCUUGGCUGCAUUAGACAAGUUCAAGGUUGAAAAUGGAGGACCAUUAAAGAUUCAACAUGUUGCAUUCCAUGAAGGUAGAGGCAAUAUCUUGAUUCAAUACCCAGGUACCACUGAAAAGUCAAUCUCUUUUGUUGGUUCUCAUUUGGAUGUUGUUCCAGCUUCACCAGAAACUUGGGAAAGAUACCCAUUCAAAUUAACAAUUGAAGGAGAUAAAUUAUAUGGUAGAGGUACAACUGAUUGUUUGGGACAUGUUGCAUUGUUGACUGAUUUGUUUAUCGAGUUGGCCACCAAGAAGCCAGUUCUCAAGCACUCGAUCAACGCUGUGUUCAUUGCAUCCGAGGAGAAUGAUGAGAUUCCAGGUGUCGGAGUCGACGAGUUGGACAAGCAAGGCAAGAUGAACCAUCUCAAGAACGGCCCACUCUACUGGGUCGAUUCGGCCGACAUGCAACCAACCAUCGGUACCGGAGGCUCCCAAAACUGGAACCUCAAGGCCCACGGCAAGUUGUUGCACUCUGCCAUGCCCCAACACACCGUCAACGCCAUUGAAUUGGCCAACGAAGCCUUGGCCGAGAUCCAACAACGUUUCUACAAGGAUUUCCCAGCACACCCCCAAGAGGCCAAGUACGGCUACGACGUCAGCAGCUCGAUGAAGCCAACUCUCUGGAAGAAGCUCGACGGCUCCUACAACCAAAUCCCAGGUGAAGCCACCAUCUGCGGUGAUAUCCGUCUCACCCCAUUCUACGACAUGACCGACGUUCGUGCCAAGAUCGAAGGUUAUGUCAAGGACAUCAAUGCCAACAUCACCCAAUUGCGUUCACGUGGUCCAUUCCACAAGUACGAAAUCCCAAAGGACGGUGUCAAGGGAAGAGUCGAAAUCGAGUGGGUCGGUGUCGGCAGUCCAGGUAUUGCCUGCAACAUUGACUCUGCCGGCUACAAGGCACUCGGUCAAGCCACCAAGGAAGCCACCGGCGAACUCAAGCCAGUCUCUACCUGCGGCACCUUGCCUUUGGUCAAGGAACUCCAAGACAGUGGUUUCGACGUUCAAAUCACUGGUUUUGGUCGUGAAGAUUGUUAUCAUGCCGACAAUGAAUACGCUAACCUUUCAGAUUUCAAGAAAGCUACUCAAAUUCUUACUCGUACUAUUCAAUUAUUAGAACAAUAA